AUGAUGGUGGAUGUGGGGUAGAUGGGUUAAAAAACAUCGCGGAGAGGGCAAAGAAACACGAAAAUUCCGUUUCGCAUAUGAAUGCCUGUAUGGAUUUCAGUCUUUUAGGCAAAACAGUGCUUAUUUGCGACAUUUAGUUUAGUACAACAACGAAGAAGUGGAAAAAAACCGUCAUAUUUUGCGCCGGUUAAUUAUGUGUAUUAAAUUUUGCGGGGCCUUUGAAUUGGCAUUACGACUUACGAAGCCAUGAUGAAACAUCGACGUCGGAUAACCCAGCUGACAAGCGUUACCAAAAAAACAUAGCAAUGGCAAUGGCACAAAGUGUGCCACUAGUUCUUAGGCUUAUUGCUUCAUCGGUGACUGCUGCUACUCGUGCUGGUAAAAUCAUUCGUGAUAUUAUGAGUAGGGGCGAACUGGGAAUUGUUGAAAAGGGUAAAAACGAUUUGCAAACUGAAGCAGAUCGAUCCGCAGAGCGCUGUCUUAUGGCUUCAUUGUCACAGCAGUACCCAAAUCUGACAAUUAUUGGGGAGGAAGGCGGGAGUAGUUGUGAGGUCCCAAGUGAUUGGAUCGUUACAGACUGCGAUCAACACGUACUGUUACAGCAGUGUCCAUCAGAAUAUAUUGACGUGCCUAGCAGUGAUGUGACAGUAUGGAUUGAUCCACUGGACGGUACCACCGAAUAUACGCAAGGCUUAUUGGACCAUGUUACAGUAUUAGUCGGUAUUUCGGUUAGAGGCAAAGCUGUCGGAGGCGUUAUACAUCAGCCUUAUUACAAUUACAAAUCGGAAAGUGCAGAUUUGAUGGGUCGUACCUUAUGGGGCUUGGUCGGACUCGGUACUGGGGGUUUUCAACCAGUGGCACCGCCCACUGGGAAACUUAUAUUGACCACCACUAGAUCGCAUUCGAAUGAUUUGGUGAAUAUGGCACUUGAGGCGUUUAAGCCAGAUGACAUUUUAAGAGUGGGAGGAGCUGGGCAUAAAGUCCUAUUAUUAAUGGAAGGGAAAGCCCAUGCGUACGUCUUUCCGAGCAAGGGAUGUAAGAAGUGGGACACUUGCGCACCAGAGGCCGUAUUAACUGCAAUGGGUGGUAAGCUAACUGAUAUACACGGCGGGGCGUACGAAUAUCAUAAGGAAGUGGAACAUCCUAACCUACGUGGAGUUUUAGCGACUGCACAAGGAGUAGAUCAUAGUGCGUUUGUAAAGAAAAUACCACAAGAAGUACGUGAUGCUCUGUCAUAAGUUGAUGCAUUUCAAUUUACCUACCAUUCCGCAUUUAAAUCAAUUUUGCGCAUACCUACCAUUUUAACUGUAGUAAUAUGUCGAACUUUAGUGAAUUUAUAUGAACCUUAUUACUUCACCAGGGUAACUAAUGCAAUAUACCAUAUUUAAUUAUAUUUUGCCCAAUAAUUAAUAAUACAAAUAAAAGCGGAUUACAAAUGUACUAAAUUAACAGUUGAUCCCCACAUUUUGGAUUAUCACUUGUUCCUGGUUGGAGUAAAAUUGAUUGUAGGUAAUAUUUUAUAUUUAAUUCCAGGUCCCCACGUUUGCUAAUGUGUAUGGUUAGACAUAUAAAUAUUAUUUCGAGUUGCACUUUGGCAGCUAUCCUAAAUGUGGGGUCGAUUAUGUUUAUUAACAAUAAGCGAUCAAAGUGGUUGAAGCAAACAAUAUUUGAAAACUUAAAUAUUUAACUCGUGUAAGUUCAUUUUAAUUAGCAAGAAAAUACAACACAACAAUGGUUCAAAUAUGGCAUCUUACCUACUUUAUCGUUUGUAUGUAAGUGGCUAGUACAAGGUCAUAAUUCUUCCAAUGUGCCAGUAUGUUUCAUAACUGUGCACAAGAUUAUCUAUAAAUAAAGUACAAUUAUUCCUUCAUGUGGUCGUCACCGCAUUUCAAAAUUAAUUAAAUAAAUAUAAAAACACGCACAAGAAACGUUAGUGUAGCUUUAAAUGGCGAAAGAUUUUACUGUUUAGAUAUAAGUCUAAUUGUUUAUAUGUGAUACAAAUUGUAACUUGUAUAACUAUUAACUUCGUUAGUAAUGCAGAGUUUCCGAAAUAAUAUUAGGGUUUAACAAAUGUCGUUAUUACUGCGGGUCAGUAAAUUUAUUUUUUCAAUGGUUACAUAUAUUUACUUAAGUAUUUAUAUUUUUAAAGUCUAAAUGUAAGUUGUAUUUUCCUGUACAAGAAUUCCAUAAAGAAUUUAUUAGAAUGAAACUACCUAAAUUGUAAAAACACGCACAAAAUCUGUGUUACAUGUGUAAGAUGUCUGUGUAACUCGAUGGAUAAAUUAUUAAUAGAAGUAAGUAAAUAAUUA